AUGGCGGAUAAAGUAGCGUCGGAAAAACAAGGAUACAUUAAUGGAGAGCAGAAGUAUUAUCUUAUUGAAUUCAUGGGGAAACACCCGGAAUUACGAAGAGGAAAGUUUUCAGCCUCCUUUUCCCACAAGCAAGCCCAAAAGCUAUGGAAGGAAGUGACGGAACAGUUAAACGCGAUUCCGGGUGUUGUAAAGGAGUGGAAGCAAUGGAGAACGACUUGGCAAGAUAUCCGAACUUCAACGAAAGGGAAAAGUGCAGCGAUUAAAAAGUACACGCAAGGAACUGGCGGUGGACCUUCUGGCCAAACAUUAUUACAAUUUGAAGAACGUGUUUUAACGUUAAUAGGUACAACGGCUGCAGAAGGUCAUCAAACCGUUAAGGAAUCCACCGGAAACUUUGACUGGGGUGAUGACUCUGAAAAUUACGAAACUGUAUAUCUGGAUGAGUAUAUAAAUGCCAGCGUAUUACAUGUCGAAGAAAAUAAGGAAAAUCAAGAUGUCAAUAACAAUUACAAAAAACAGAUAAAUACAGAAACAGUCAUGACAGAAGAGUUCCCGACAACUUAUAAUACCUCACUAAAAAUUCCGGCAAGAAAUAAGAAAAAAGAUCUGGAUCACAUAUCUGCAAAUUAUAUUUUAAUAGCAUUAUCUACAUAA